GGGGCUGACAUUUGCAGAGGCUGAGGAGCGCCAGGACGACGGGAGCCCGCGUGGAGCGGCUGGGGGUGAGCAGGGCCCAGGGAAAGGCGGCCCAGGAGCCGCAUCCCACGGCGGGAUGGAUGAGACCAAACCCCUGAAGGUGCGGCUCACCUUCUGCGUGCUGCUGGUGGGCGUCUCGCUGCUCUUCGCGGCCGUGGUGACGGACCACUGGGCCGUGCUGAGCCCCAGGGUGGAGGACUUCAAUGCCACCUGCGAGGCGGCUCACUUCGGGCUCUGGCGGCUCUGCACGAAGCGGAUUCAUGUGCAGAAGCAAAGUGCCAAAGAGACGGGCUGCGGGCCCAUCAGCCUGCCCGGAGCUCACAACUGCUCCUACUUCAAGCACUUCACUCCCGGACUGAGCUCGGAGAUAUUUGAAGUCACCACCCAGAAAGAAUACAGCAUUUCAGCUGCAGCCAUUGCCAUCUUCAGCGUUGGCUUUGCAAUCAUCGGAACAAUCUGCGUCCUCUUCUCCUUCCAGAAGAAGAGGGACUACCUGCUGAAGCCAGCAUCCAUGUUCUACACCUUUGCAGGUCUCUGCAUCAUCAUCUCCGUGGAAGUCAUGAGACAGUCUGUGAAAAGGAUGAUCGACAGCAAGGACACAGUCUGGAUGGAGUACAGCUACUCCUGGUCCUUCGCCUGUGCCUGCUCUGCCUUCGUCCUGCUCUUCGUCUUUGGAAUCGUGCUCCUCCUCAUCGCGCUGCCCCGCUUCCCCCAGAACCCCUGGGAGACCUGCAUGGAUGCAGAACCCGAGCACUGAUGCUCCCCACACCCGCAGGAGGAGCCGGGGAGUGUCUUGACAAAAUUUGUAUUUUUUCAGAUGUCGGGAUCUCCCCAUACGAUGUGCACUCCAUUAACUAAGUCAUUAAUGAACCAAGGCAUGUUCAAUUAUAA